AUGCGUUGGCAACAUCUAAUCAACCUCCAGGCUCUCUGUGCCCCAGCUCUCGCGCAGUCUCUUAAGGAGGCCCUCGAGGCCAACGGGUUCACGCUCUGGGCCCAACGGAUCUCAACGGACAAUCUCCUCCUCAACGCGGGACCUGGCAUCAUUAUCUAUGCCCCAACAAACGCUGCUCUGGAAUCCAGCGACGAUGCCAACUCCCCCAUUACUCGCCGGGCCGACGAUAAAGAUAAACAAGAGGCGGAAAAUGCUGCCAGCGCCGUGGACUCAACCGCUCCGCGUCCGCCGAAGCCCGAGAAGCCUUCCCAGAACAAUACUGCUACUCGAAGACAACUAGUGAAUACCGCCGGAUCUGCCCAGGUGACCUUGCUGGACAAUCCCGAGUUUGUGAACCUUGGUCCCGGGCGAAACCAAGUCAUCGUCGAGAAGAACGUAGCUUCUUGGUCUCUGCCACUUGUAUUCUCCGGCCUCGGACGAGCCGUGAAAGUUACAGGGGAUGAUAUCCCCUAUGACAACGGUGUCAUCCGCCCCAUUGAUGGAAUGGUUACUCUGCCGGAAAACGUCUCUACUACGCUCCCAUACCUCGGAGUCGACACAUUCCAAGAUCUAGUCACGCAGUCGGGUAUCCUAAAUGAGUUGGACAACAGAGCCAGUAUCACCCUUCUGGUGCCCGACGACAACGCCUUCAAGAGCAUUGCCAAGCGGUCUAAGACGGGCUUCGAGGAUCUAAUCAGGCAGCACAUCCUCGUUGACUUCCCCGCAUACACACCGCUGCUCGAAAACGGAGACGUCUAUCCCACCCUUGCUGGGGGCAAUGUAACCGUUUUGAUCCGGGACGGCCUGAUCUACCUCAACGGCGCGCAGAUCCUGGCUGGCGACGCCAUUGUUACGAACGGAGUUGUUCAUGUCAUUGACAAGGUCCUAGGCGGAUCGCCAGUUGCGCCGCCGGCCACAGUGACUGGAGCUGCAUCGGCGGUGAUGGGGCCUAUGCUUUGGGAAGUAUUGGUGGGCGGCUUUGGCGUGGUAGCAGCUACUCGAUACUUCAACCUCGUGUAA